AUGACAGACCUGACACGAAACCAGCUUGCAACAGGGAUAAUACCUUCUCAAUCAGCUGAGAUUCUACCUUAUGGAGUGUUUGAUGGAAGUCACAUCCCAAACUGUUCAGAAGGUGACCAGCACACAUAUCCAGAAGAGAGUGGGAAAUAUGAUUUGGAUACCGUGUCUGUAUUUGUUGCCAAGUUAUAUCAACUUCUUGACGGCGAUGAGUAUAAAGAGUAUCUCACUUGGAAUGACAGCGGAGACGUAUUUGUGAUAUGCAACAUGGAUGAAUUUGCAGCAAACGUGUUACCAAAGUUUUUCAAGCACUGUAAAUUUACUUCUUUUGUGAGGCAAUUGAAUAUCUAUGGUUUCUAUCGCGUAUCCGACGCCCGAAAAUCAAAACAUGUACGCUCAAAGCACGCUUGCGUCUUUUCGCAUCCCCAGUUUCGUCGUGGUCGACAGGACCUGCUUCCUCACAUCCGUCGUCGAGUCUCAAAACCUACACGCCGGCGCCCACCGCGCACCAACGACGCAGAUACGUCAUUCGGAGUUACAACCGGACCCAAAAGCAGCGCAAGCAAAGAGAGUAGUAUGACGAGUUCCUUUAAUAGUGAGAAUGGAAAAGAUAAAGAGCGAGCAGGAGAAGAAGGACAAAUGAGGGAGAGGAUAAAGGACUUGCAGGAGGUUACGGAAAACCUGAGGAAAGACUUGAAACAGAUGAACAGCAUUGUUUCGGAAAAGUUAUUACCAGAGGUGAAGAGUCUCGCCGAUGGUUUACAUAGGCAUCAGCAGCAUUUGGUGGCCUUGACGCAGUUGGUGACUGGGAACUUUCCCGAAGGUACCACAAUACUGCACGAGGCAUUGCGUAAUUUGAAACAUGCUCAUCCAGUACCGUCACCAGCUCUUCACGAUACGCGGGGUAAACGCCUGCGCCUGGAUACCACAAUGGCUACCACUCCGGCAAUCAAGUCCGAGUCACCUCUGCAAACAAACCUCUCGACUGCGGCUUUAUCCCCGCAGGCCCUUCCUUACUCUAUUUACACAUCCCUGCCAGAAAGCUACAAGAACGAUGACCUGCCGAAUCAAAACCACAAUGAUCCCAAUCUAAUGUCCAGCAAUUCACCGUCGCUAGGAAACACUGGAAUGGAAAACACAAACGUGGGUCCGCCAAUGACAAUGGAAUCGCACGCAUACAACCAGAUGAUUGGCGAAUAUCAACAAUUAUCACCGCAACAAACCACCGCCGGCGCUCACGCAAGCUUGGGUUAUAGUGAUUCCUGGCCACCAACCACGACAACGGUAAUGCUUUCGGAAACCUACGCAAUGUUUCCACCUCAAUCCGGCCAUUCUCCUGUUCUCUAUUCACCAUCCCAACAAUCUCCCGCGACGGCCGCAUCAACCAGCCAGACCACACAUUCUUCAACAUCACCGUCUCUCCGAUCCAACCAUAUACAAUCACAGCCACAUCGAUCGCCAGUACCGUCCAACUCCUCACCGCAGCUAUCGUCUCAGUCUGUACACCAACAACAGCCUUCGCCAACACCUACGAUAGCCUUGUCGCCCACAGGAUUUGUGGAUACGUCCCCUCGCAACGAACACUUGUUGGGUGCUCAGGGGAAGCGAGAUAGUAUAAGUGGGCAUGCGUCACCCGGGCAUGAAGACUUGCAUGUUGGUGCGCCGUCGCCUGCAUCGCCGGUCUCAUCACCUCCGGAAGGUAUAACGUAUUACCAGGGCCCUACUAUAGUACCAAUAAACAUGUAUAAUGCACACUAUUCUGGUUAUCCGUCGAUGUGA